UUUGCUUUUGUUAAGCAACACUUAUCUUCAUAAUUGUGAUGUUGUAGUGAUGACCAAGAUGAAUUGUACAGGACAAGAAUGGCAAAGCUUGUACUUGUGGCCAGUGAGCUGACAUUGGACAAACUACUGACAGCCAAGUCAAAGUCGUCAUCCAGUCUCUCUCCUGCCAGUUCACCACGUGGUGGUGGAUCAGUUAUGUCGAGAGUCGGUGGGUUUUCCAGCGAGUAUUUGGCAGAAGAUAUUGAAUACCUCCAUCGCAUAAGCUCGCUUCAGACCAUUCAUGGAGACUUCACUCUUGAAAUGGCUAUUAGAGUAAACUGGAUGAGAGCAAGAUACCUGAUGUUGCAAGGUCAAAUGGAUUAUGCCAUGAUGUACUUAGAUCGGAGUUCAAAGCUCUUGACCCUGAAGGUGAAUUCGAUUGAGGGUCCUACCACUGUUAAGCUGGUGAACUGUAGAGUUGACAACAUCAUCACAUUAGAUCAAGUCCAAAAGAAACUUGAAUCACUGCAAAGGUGUCAGUCAUUAGAAGAGGUUCAACGGCUGUACGAGUCAGGUUAUUAUGAAGAUGUUGUGAUGCGCCUAAUGCCCACACUCCACCAGCCACAGCCCAAGACCAAGGUACGCUAAACAUCUGAAGUCACUACAGUUACUGAUUCAAUUCGGUUCCUCUGUACCUAUUUAUUUAAAACCUUGUUUACUACUCGAUGAAACGGCAGUGUCGUACUUUGGGUGCCAAAGUUAGAGUUACGGUCUGCCAAACUUUAAAUGAGUCAUGACAAAUCAUGCAACGUUUGAUACUCAAUUAUAUCAUGUCUU